AUGAUCCCAGUCAUCACUCACUACGACUUGGGACUGAACGACGCUCUGGCGGAUGAGAUGAGUCGGGCUGAGCUGGCUCAAACCAAAGCUAGUGGUAGUGCAGGAGAAUCUGCGUCGCAGAAGUCCGCCGCUAAUACAGCUCGGAAGAACGAGCUGAAGGUACAGAAAUCUGACGCAGAAGACAAGCUUCGAGACCUGAAAACCAAAUCUCUCGAUGCGCUAGCAACGGUGCGCGAGCGAUACACAACGGCAAAGUUGGAAAGGGCGAGACCUGAUCUCUUCAGUGAUAGGACGAUUCUCUUCCCUUCUAACGAGGCCUACCAGUUUCACAAGGAGGGGGAGAGCGAAGACAAGAUAAGCUUGGAAACGACCAAUAUUCCAAAGAUACGAACAAUUGCUAUAGAGUCAGGUGGAGAUGCGCUGCUUAGGAACAAUCGUAAAUAUAUGCUCCGCAUCUUGAGCGUCAUACACGUUGCAAAGAUCCUUGUUGAUGAAGCCCGACCUUCUGCCCUCCUCAGUCUGGUUACCAAGUUCAGCACCGAAGUAGAUGCUUUGCACGAAGUCGACAGGGCACAGAACUGUGCUGACCGCUUCGCCCAAGACAUCGCCGCUGAUCUGGACAUCUUCGUCGCUGCUGCUGUGACUGCUACCAGCAAGGCAUACCAAGCACUCCACGCCUCUGUCUUCCGAGCUGUCGUUGUUCGCCAUGGCAUGUACAGAAGAAAGACCAAGGACAGGACUGUAUAUCCUGAGCAUGGAGUUCUAGAUCAGAUCGUCGACAGUGUGAUCGCGGCCAUAGUAGCCAUGGACGAAAACAUCAAAGCACUGCCUAACACCGGACUCAUCUACGACAUGCUAAUCAUCGCGAUUGAGCGCAUCCGCCACUUGCGCCACUCAAGCAAAGACGGCCUCGAAGCAGACCUCAGCGUUCUCCUACAAAACGCAACAACAAGCGAGCUCGAGACAGCAUACUUCGUCAAAGCCAUGCACCCCAUCUACGAAGUUGCGAAGGCCGAAACUGGCAGAGGUUGCACGGACCGAAUGCGCAAGGCCAUCAAUCAUAGGCUGACACACAACGACACCAACCCAUUCAUUAUCACGUACGACACCAUGAAAACCACUCAUCGCCGCGCAGCCGAAAAGCACAUCACCAAACUCCACACCGAAAUCAAGAAGAUCACACAUUCUCUGAUCGAAGGUCUUCGCCGAGCUUCAAACGUUAAGCAUCGCAGUGCAGAAGAAAAGGAGACGUGGAAUGUCAUUGGGAAGUUCCUUUCGGACCAUUAG